GAGAAAAAAAGUUUGUUGAAUUGUCCUCUCUCCUCCCUCUUUCUGCGCGUUGAGUCGAGAGGGGAAAGUUUUUUUUUUGCCCUCCUGUAUCUUGUCUGAAGAAUCGCAGUACAGACACGCCGGCAGCCGCCCCAACUCGUCAAAGUCUGCGACUGAAUUCAUUCCUUUUAUUUUGCAAAAAAAGAAAAAUACACACGCUGAGAGAGACCGGCUCCCGGAUUUCUUUGCUUUACUUCAGAUCUUUUGGAGAGCUUUAAAGCGUGGAUUUUUUUUUUGUUUUUGUUUGCAAAAAGCGUCCUAUCGUUGAUGAUAACGGUUCCACGAGUUUUUUUUUAAAAAAACAAAUCUUCUGUAUAAGUUUGUUUUUGUUUUGAUAUAGUUAUUUCUUCCAGUUUGAAGCCUUUCAACAAAUGAUCAGAUAAUCAAAACAAAAGCUCUUCAUUACAAACAGAUGACUGCAAAUAUUCCACAGUAAAGUGAAGAAACCCUAGUGCCCUUAUUUAUAAGAAAGGUUCAGUCCACUGAAGUAUGACCAGCUACCAUGGCAGCCCAAGCACAGACCACUGCCACUGAAAAGAAAGAGGCCAAAAGCUCCAUUAUUGAAGGGGAUGUCUUCACAGAAGCUAGCAAGAAGUCAGCAGCCUCAGCAGCAUCACGAGAAGUCGAAAGCCCCUGGCCUGACUAUGUAAGAGAGCGCAGGAAUGCAAUCUCAAUGCGGCCACACGGGACAGGGCUGUCCUAUUGCAAGAUAACUGAAGAGCCGUGCAGCUCCAGUGAAGACUCUAGCUCUUCCUCAAAAACCAAGAACUCUCUGGGCUCACUGCCAGACUUAGCCGAGCAGCAUACUCCCUACCGGGCAGUCUGUUUGUCAGUGGACCCCCGAAAUGGCUACAUGGACCAACGCUAUUCAUCGCACCACAUUUUCCCAGCCUUCCAUACGCCCAUACCAAUCGAUAUGCGGCAUCAUGAAGGAAGAUACCAUUAUGAGCCUCACUCCAUCCACACUAUUCACGGGCCUCCUGCCUUGACUGGAAGCCCUGUCUUCUCUGACAUCUCCCUCAUUAGGCUGUCUCCUCAUCGGAAUCCAGCAGCCACGGGCGAGUCUCCUUUCAGUCCACCCCAUCCUUAUGUCAAUCCCCACAUGGAGCAUUACCUGAGGACCAUGCAUGGCAGCCCCACACUCUCCAUGAUCUCUGCAGCAAGAGGCUUAAGUCCAGCUGAUGUUCCUCAUGAGCACUUGAAGGACAGAGGUCUGUUUAGCCUGCCUCCUCCCCCACCAGGAGCUAAUCCAGCUGAAUACUAUCAUCAAAUGACUCUAAUGGCCACUCAUCGAAGCCCGUAUGGUGACAUCCUGAUGCAGACCGGUGGAACAGGCAGUACGACGCACAUCACAGAUUACAUCAACCCCGUGGACAUCUCGAGAUUCUCGAGUCCUCGGCCAGCUGCGAGAAUGAGCAGAAAGCGGGCCCUGUCUAUCUCGCCGCUGUCUGACGCCAGCAUCGACCUGCAGACUAUGAUCAGGACAUCCCCCAACUCUCUGGUGGCCUACAUCAACAACUCCCGAAGCAGCUCAGCAGCCAGUGGCUCAUACGGGCAUCUAUCAGCUGGUGCUAUCAGCCCAGCGUUCAGUUUUCCUCACCCCAUCAACCCGGUGACAUUCCAGAUGCACCAACAGAUACUGAACCAGCAACGCGGCCUGAACUCUGCAUUUGGCCACACUCCACCCCUUAUACAGCCAUCACCAACGUUCCCUCCUCGGCAGCACAUGUCCAGUACCUCCGCUGUUUUGCCACCCAGCCAGGCCAAUAAUGCCUCAACUGAAACUUCUCAGAGCAAGCUGAGUGGUGAGUCUGCUGUGAGCAGUACUGUUGACCCGAUGAUCAACAAACGCACCAAAGUUAAAACUGAGGUAGAGGGACCCCGGGCUAUCUCUCCAAGUACUGAGGAUCGGCUGGCAGGGCUGACAGAGGUGAAGGACGACUUGGAUAAAGAUGAUUGCAAACAGGAGCCAGAGGUCAUUUACGAGACCGUGUGUCACUGGGAAGGGUGCAACAAAGAGUACGACACUCAGGAGCAACUGGUGCAUCACAUUAACAAUGAGCACAUCCAUGGAGAGAAGAAAGAGUUUGUUUGCCGGUGGCGAGAUUGUUCUCGGGAACAGAAGCCAUUCAAGGCGCAGUACAUGCUUGUGGUGCACAUGCGGCGACACACAGGGGAGAAACCACACAAGUGCACUCUCUCUUCACAGAAACCGUACGUUUGCAAAAUUCCUGGUUGCACCAAAAGGUAUACAGACCCCAGCUCCCUUCGGAAACACGUGAAGACUGUCCAUGGGCCAGAUGCCCAUGUGACAAAAAAGCAACGCAAUGACACUCAUCCCAGACCCCCACCCCCCAAGGAACCCAGUGACCAUGAUGUCGCCAUCGGGCCUGGGAAUAGAGGGGCUGAGGAAAAAGUCGAAGCAAACAGCACCAGUGGGAGCCUGGAUGACUGCCUGCAAGUAAAAACCAUCAAAACAGAAAAUUCCAUGAUGUAUCAGUCCAGCCCUGGUGGCCAAUCUUCAUGCAGCAGUGAACCAUCGCCACUUGGCAGCACCAACAACAAUGACAGUGGAGUAGAAAUGAACAUCAACAGUGGAGGUAGCCUGGGAGAUUUGACUGCCUUAGAUGAUUCCCCAAUUGUGGACUCCACUGUUUCAUCUGGAACUUCAGCAAUCAGCCUUCAUUUGAGAAAGAACAUGACAGCACCCCAAAGACUUGAGCAACUAAAGAAAGAAAAAUUGAAGCAGGUUAGAGACAUUCCUUCAUGGGCAAACCCGGUGCCACCAGUUAAGAACACCAAGCUGCCUCUCAUUCCCAUGAAUGGAGUUUCACUGGAGAAUUCAACUACUGGUGGUUCCACUGCCGUGUUGCCUAACCCUAGAAUAACGGAACUGUCCAACAGUGAGAUCACUGUUUUGAAUCAACUGAAUGAGCGCCGUGACAGUGCCACGAGCACCAUCAGUUCGGCCUACACUGUCAGUCGAAGGUCAUCUGGCAUUUCCCCUUACUUGUCCAGCCGCCGCUCCAGCGAGGCUUCCCACAUUGGUGGCCGUCCAAAUAACAUCAGCUCGGCCGACUCCUAUGACCCCAUUUCCACGGAUCUGUCACGGAGGUCCAGCGAGGUCAGCUACUGUGGUGGCCUGCUCAAUCUGACGCCGGCUGAGCAGUACAGGCUGAAGGCUAAGUACGCUGCCGCGACUGGGGGCCCACCUCCAACGCCUCUGCCGAACAUGGAGCGCUUAAGCCAGAAGGCGAGAAUGUCGCUCCUGGGGGACGGCCCCAAUUCUGUGUAUGCUCCGUUCCCUCCUCCUGCCUCUCAGAGGCGAUGCAGCGACGGCGUUCCACGAGGCUAUGGCACAGCAGCUCUCCGCCCUCAUGAACUCAUUGGCAAUACCACCAGGCGGGCGAGUGAUCCGGUCAGAAGGACAGCUGUGGAUCCCCUGUCUCUUCCCAGGGUCCAGCGCUUCAACAGCAUGAACAACAUGAACCCACUGCCGUUGCCGCCAGCAAUGGACAGGCAUCACUACGGCCUCCAAAACCCCACUCGGUCGGAUGGAAGCCUCCACAGGUGUGCCUACUCGCCUAGGCCACCCAGCAUCAGCGAGAAUGUUGUCAUGGAGACUGUGGCCGGCGAGAUUGACGUCCAAGCCGUGGAGGAUGAUAUAAUGCUGCCCGAUGACGUGGUGCAGUAUAUCAACUCUCAGGAAAAUCGAUUGGCCCAGGAUAACAAUCCAUUGAAUUUCACUGGGCAAAUGCAGGGUUUCCAAGAAAACUUGAGUGUGCAGAAUCAAAACCCGUACGGCCACCGUGGAAUGGCAAUGGUCGAUGGUAACAUGAAUCAGCCAAGUUCUAUGAUGACACAGUGCCAGAUCAGUCCAGGGAGUCAACCAUACCAGGGAUCGCCCAACAUGAACAAGAACAGCAUGCCAGUUCAGUGGAAUGAAGUAAGCUCAGGUACAGUCGAUGUCAUUCCUGAUCAGUCGAAGCAGCAGUUCUCUCGGUCAAACCUGGCAGUAGUUCAGCAGAAGCAAAUGUUUGACCAGUACCAGAACCUCAACUCCGCUCAGCCCACUGUGCCAAUGAAUCAGAAUGAGAUGGCUCUCGCGCAGCAGGGUGUAAUGCAAAGAGGUAUCGGUGUGAACGGGCAAAGGAUGAAUUAUAUGCAACAACAACAGCAGCAACCACAGGCAAUGAGCUUGUGCCAGAACGCUAACCAACCUCUCAGCUCGCACCAGACUUUUAAUCAGUCCAGCCAAAUGCUUAGCCCCAAUAUUGCCAGCAGGACUCUCAGCCAAACAGCUUGCAGUAAUAUGCCAGCAAGCAACAUGAUGGGCUCACCUGUGCCAGCAGGUACUCAAGACUUUAAGCAGAUGGCAAUGAUGCAGAGCAAAGAUGCAGCAAUCAAAAGCUACGCUCAAGCUCAGCAAGUCCGGGCGCAGAUUCAUCAGCAAAUGGCUGGCACAAACGAGGUGCCAAUGAUGAUGAACGGGUGCCGUUCCAGAGACGCACCAGCGCAAGGCAUGCAUGUUGCAAGCCAACAGAACUUUGGGCCUCAUGUCCAAUCUGGCAGAAAUCCAGGCCACAGCUCCUUCCCUGCCCAUGGAGUUUUAAGUCAAACUAAUUCCCAAGUCAGCCCAAACCAGCAGAACUUCAGCCAAGCAGGGUCAAAUAUCAUGAGUUCUGCUGAGCAUGACUUAAGUCGUGGAAUGAUGCAGCCCCAUCCACCCCAGGGUUCGAAUCCAUUAGCAAGACAACAUGGUUUAAUGAAUUCUUUAAACAUGCAACAGCAAAGUUAUCUGCAAAGCCCACUCCAGAUGAACGGCAUGAGCCCUGGGCACGGUCAAUCCGAAGUAAGCCACAAUCAGCCUGGUAAUCAACUCUCGAUGCAAUCGCAACAGUGUAAUAACGAUGGUUCAAACAGCAACUUGAUGUUUUAUUCUGGUCAGAUCCACAUGUAUGAACAAAAUGGCAACUUCAGUGGCCAAAUGGACUGUGCUAUUCAGCAACAACAGCGUAUGCAAGGUGUCAAAGCUGCAGCAAUGGCCUCACCAGGCACCAACCAGGUAUCAAGUACAGUAAACUCCCACAGUCUAGACCAUGCACAAAUAGAUUUUGAUGCUAUCAUGGAUGAUGGUGACCAUUCUAGCUUGAUGUCAGGCACAUUGAGCCCCAGCCUUCUGCAGAACCUCUCUCAAAAUUCCUCACGUCUCACAACUCCUCGGAAUUCUCUGACUCUGCAGCCCAUUCCAGCCGGGUUGACUAAUAUGGCAAUAGGAGACAUGAGCUCCAUGUUAACUACCUUGGCUGAGGAAAAUAAAUUUCUUAAUAUGAUGUCUUAAACCCUCAAGAACAGUAAAGAACAAUUCCAAUUUCAGAUUCCAGUAACUUCAAAAUAUGAUGCUUAAAAUCAGAUUGUCUCAAAAUAUUAACAUUCCUAAAGAGCAAUUUUUUUAUAUAGACUUUGUAUUUUAAUGUAUAAAAAGAAACCUUUAUUCUGAAGAAAGAGAAUCAGGACAUUUUGCAAAGGCUUAUAUAUUUGUGAAUAGGGAUUUCUUGAUGUGUUUUGAAGAAAUAGCUGGUGGAUUGACAUGUUACAUCAAGAGGCGUGUUAUUUGAAAUGGGAAUCCUGUUUCUUUUUUGUUACAAAGCACUGAUACUGUAUACUAGACCAAACAGGCAAGGGCACAAGCCAAACAUUGCCCAUUUCUUCCUUAUAAAUAGUAGAUAUGUGCUUUCUUGUAUUUCAUUAAUGUGAACUCCCCAGUGUAUAUCAGUUGAUUCAUUGUCACGGGAAAGUGUUUUAGUUUGGCUGAGCUGAAAGAACAAAAGGUACAUUGACAAACACCAUCAAAGCCAUACUGUAUAUUGUUUUCUUUUCUGAGUUUAGCUCUUAAUUAUUCCACAUCUAUCAUUAUAAAACCUCAUGACAACACAGACUGUAUAGUUUGCGGACAUUGUAAAUGAUAAGGCUUCUCUUUAAAAUAUAUGGUACCAAGCUAGGAAAGCCCAUAUUAUAGCAUCAAGAAGUGCCUUACUAUGUCUUGUUAUUUUCAAAUAGUGAAGGCGUCCUCAAUAUACAAUACAGCACAGGAGCAGGCCAUUUGGCCCAUCAAGUCCAUACCAGCCCUCUGAACAGCAUUCCACCUGGACCCACCCCCUGAUCCUAUCCCA